CGCGCGCGCCGGGCGCACAGUGCGGCGCGUGUGAAGCGGGGAAAAAGUGUGUCCGGGAUAUUUUCUGGGUCGUCCAGCAAGCAGCAGGACCACCGCAUCCUCCAGCCUCCCUCUCCGCCGAGACCAUGGCAACCAAACCGCAGCAGCCUCCUCACCUCCACCUGGCCGAGGUCACCGCGUCCCAGUUCCUGGACAUCUGGAAACACUUCGACACCGACGGUAAUGGCUACAUUGAAGGAAAGGAGCUGGAGAACUUCUUCAAGGAGCUGGAGAUUGCCCGGAGAGGAGCAGGGGUGGAUCCUACAAAUCCCACGUUCAGAGAAAGGAUGAAGGAGUUCAUGCAAAAGUUUGACAAGAACAAAGAUGGGCGAAUUGAGAUGUCAGAGCUGGCCCAGAUUCUCCCAACUGAAGAAAACUUCCUGCUCUGCUUCAGACAAUUUGUUGGCUCCAGCGCUGAGUUUAUGGCGGCAUGGCGGCGAUACGACACAGACCGCAGUGGCUAUAUUGAAGCGAACGAACUGAAGGGCUUCCUGUCAGACCUGCUUGAGAAAGCCAACAGACACUAUGAUGACCAGAAGCUCCAGGAGUACACACAGACUAUACUCAGAAUGUUUGAUCUGAAUGGAGAUGGAAAGCUCGGCCUGUCAGAGAUGGCAAGGCUUCUUCCUGUUCAAGAGAACUUCUUGUUGAAGUUCCAGGGUGUCAAGUUGACCACUGAGCAGUUCAACGCCAUCUUUACAUACUAUGACAAAGAUGGGAACGGCUACAUCGAUGAGCAGGAGUUGGACGCCCUGUUACGAGACCUUUACCAGAAGAACAAGAAGGAUGUGGACCUGAAGAACCUGACAGGCUACAAGCAAAGCAUCAUGGCCCUAUCUGACGGAGGGAAGCUCUACCGCAGCGAGCUGGAAAUUGUCCUCUGCAGGGAGCCGAUGGUGUGACGCUUCCUCCCUCUUUUUCCAUCUCUUAUCUGUCCCGCCCUUCUCUCCUCAGACCACAACCACUUCCAGCUACCUGGUAGACAUACCAGGUGCAUGUGCUGGACACAGCCCCUCAUGUUAUAACUCCAGGAUGAAUGAAAAGUGCACCGACAGCACAAAGCAGCUCUUCCUUUUACAAAUUCUGAAACUUGACCCCCCCCCCCCCAUUCACUCUCUCUGGCUGGCCCUUACCCUCUACCCUGAACCUCUGCCAUUCCACCUUCAUGAUGUAGCCCUUUAGACAGACCUGCCAGCUAUUCACAAUGAUUCUGCAAACCUAAAACCAAACCCUGUUCAAACCAACCUCACCCCUUCAAACAACCUGACUCAAACUAUACUUCUAACCUUUGUGUGUAAGAGAAUCACAAAGGUUUUGUUUUUUGACAACGUGGGUCUUUUUUUCAUACUUUCUUUUUCUGCCAUCAUGUAUUUCGGUUAUGAUAUCCAAAAACUCACUGGCUUCAUAUUGAAGAUUUUAGACACAGGACCAUCAUUGGAUUGAUAUGGAUUUAUAAGAUGUAUAAAAAGAAAAUGGGUGGCACGGUGGCGCAGUGGUUAGCAUGGUCGCCUCACAGCAAGAAGGUCCUGGGCUCAAACCCCAGGGUAGUCCAAACUUGGGGGUCGUCCCGGGGUCAUCCUCUGUGUGGAGUUCGCAUGUUUUCCCCGCGUCUGUGUGGGUUUCCUCCGGGUGCUUGGGUUUCCUCCCAAUCAGCCAUACUAAAUUGUCUCUAGGUGUGAGUGUGUGCGUGCCCUGUGAAAGUUAAAAGUUAUCAUCCAAGUUGUCCAAUAUGAUUAACAGUCAGUUGCAUUGCUGAGCUACUUCCUGGUCCAACUUGUGGGAAGGACCAGCCUAUACAUACCAUAGGUAGUAAUAACCACCGAUAAACUAAACUACCUGGGGAGUGCAUUGGAGAAGUCAGAUUAUGGAAAAUCACGUACACAGUCUAACUGAGGCACUAGAGUUUAUUGUUGUUGAACGUUUUAAGGCUCGCUUUGUCUAGCUGUGGUCUUGUGUCCAAAAUGCAGUCGGUGAUUUUAAGUUAUAUUAUAAAUGAUAUGCAUGAUGGCAAAACCUACAAAAAUAGGACCCAAAGUCAUAAAAAACAUCCCUUAACUUUGCCAUCCAUCCCUUCAUCUCCCAUUCUUACAUCAAACUGCGUCCUUUAAACUUUGCCUGACCCCCAACCCCCCACCCCCCAGCCAAAACCCCAGUCUUAAUCCUAGACCCCAGACUUGAACCCUUCAGAAAUGACCCUUAAUCCAGAUAAUAACUUUUCAACCAUGACUUCGCUGUUCCCACGCCCUUCGACAUCGCAUCAGAUUCUAUAGAUAUAGUGAAAUAACUCCAGAUAACUGUGUUGAGUUUAACCUUUCUGUCAGUCAAAGUCUGUAAUGGCGCCGAUAUGUAUGUUUUGAUUUUUUUUUCCAACCCCUUCUGUGCCCGAAGCCAUCUCCUUUCAUUCAUUCUCAGCUCUACUGAUAUAAUGUCAUGAUCUCAUUUUCAAAAGUUAGUUUUUGGCUGAUAUAAUCUAAU